AUGAUGAUAAAAUUGAUCUUAAAAUUAAAGAAAAUUCAUAAAAAGGAAUAUAUGUUUAAAUAAAUUAGAGCUACGAAACUUAACGAAUAUAGCUCAAGAUCUCACACUAUUUUCAUGUUUUAAAUAAACCAAAAAUUAGCAAACGGUUCUGAAAAAAACGGAAAACUAAACCUUGUAGAUCUUGCUGGAUGCGAAAAUAUUUCAAAAAGUGGAGCUUUUGGAGAAAAUUUAGAAGAAGCAAUUAAAAUUAACUUAUCAAUAACUUCCUUAGGGAAAGUCAUUUUUGCUUUGAAUAAUGAAUAAGAUUUUAUUCCUUAUAGAAAUUCUAAAUUAACUCGCAUUUUAUAAGAAUCUUUAGGUGGAAAUUAUUAAGUAGUUUAUUUUUGUUUAUUUAUAUAUUUUCUUUUAUAAAAAGACUUCUUUAAUUGUGAAUUGUUCAAUGCAUUCGAAAUUUAUUGA